AGGUCGAAAUAAUGCUCAAGGGCACAUCGUUGUUUUUUCUGUGCCUUAAAUUGUGUUCCGCGUGAGACAAACGAACGUGGAGGCAUGAACCAGUCGUUCAUCCUCCACGUCGCUAGCCUUCGAUUGCGGAGGAGCUAAAUGCCGAUUCAGAACGCGAAAUCAUCUGAGUCGGGUUACAUGUUGAGAGAAGACUUGAAGUUAUUUUUGUUCAGUUUUUAAUUCGCCUUUUUCUUCGGAAACUGACCAUGAAUCCGUACGCUACCGGCAUGUCCGACCCCAACUACCUGGGGAUGUACGCGGAUCCCAUGAUGACUGGGCACUCUGUUCAAGGGUUCCCUGAUUAUUCUGCCGCCUACGCUUCCGCCAUUUCGUCGUCGAAUCAGGAGUAUCAGCAGACGCAGUCCGUUAUGACGGAUGGUGGGAACCAUUUCCCGGUUGUUUCUACAGCCUUUGACAACCACGAGGAGCUAUUGUGGUCUGGGAAUCAAGGGGGACACGUGACAUCCUACUAUGGAGUACACCUGCAGAAAUACACAUCUUUCCAAGUGCACAACACUGACGAGGUUCGGGCUUUGUUGCCCCUGAACUCUCCAACCGGUUGCAUUCUCGCACUCAUGCCCAACACUCUGAGGUGUCAGCUGAAACGAGGGGUUCCUGUUUUCACUCAUGUGUCGAAAAGCACGCAAGACAUGUGCAGCAUGUUGAUGUCACCCAGGGAAACGGUUGUUAUCGGAGGACACACCGACAAAUUGGUCGACUUCGAUCCUGCCUACGGGAAGGAACUCCGCAUUUCAACGAUGAAGGAACAGCACAGCGGAGGCUGUCCGAUUUUGCGAUCGCACCCAAGGAUGAUUUGCUCUGGAAAUUCUCGAGGAGGCGUUCGAUUGCACGACCCGAAUUCCCUGGACGUAAUCAAUGUUAUCGAAUGUCACUCGGGAACAUUGUCUGACGUUGACGUUCAAGGUGACACGGUUGUCACUGUUGGCUAUCAUACAAAUACUUACGGAACUAUGAGUGUGGACAAGUUCGUCAAAGUGUACGACGUGCGGAUGAUGAAGGUGUUGCCUCCAGCUCCAGUCGUGGUGGAUCAACCGGUUCUCAUCAGGUUUCUUCCUUCGUACUCGUCGAGAUUGCUCGUCAUGUCGUCGACAGGACAAGCUCAGAUCAUUGACCCAUCCCAUCAGAAAACUGAGUCGAGUUCACAUCUACAACUCAGUCGUAUGCUUUUCAGUUUAUGUUCAGAGAACAUCUGUUCGACCCCUGGUAUGUCGCAGGAGGUGAAUAUAUCCCCUGGAUCCGUCGUGGAAACUCUUUCGAUUUCUCCGUCUUGUCAAUGCUUCGCUGUGGGCACUUCGGACGGAUACCUUCAUCUGAGCAUCACGAAUGACGGUGCAGUUUUCCACACGCAUCCCGAAGAAACUGAAUUCGGGAUUUACCCGUACCCCACUCCGGUUGCGCCGAUUGCCUACAACGACUUUCUCCAGUCCCUGGCUGCUGUUCCGUUUCCGAUCCCAAUGCGAACGUAUGAAGAGGACAUCAGCCAUUUGCGUCCAAUGAGCGCUUGGCCCGAAAAUACGGCCAAUAAGAUUUAUCGACGAACUCCGCCAAUCGAUCCGGAUAUUGUGAAGGCUAUGAAGAUAGUACAAUCCAUCGGGCACUAUCUCAACACAGGAGCGAAUUAUCGAGCCCGACAAAUCCCGUAUAAGUUGAAAGAAACUCCGACCCAGCGUGGUGUUCGUCACUCUGGACGGAGACCUGAAGGCGCCGAAGGUGAUUCCGGAAACACGGAUUCCGAGCAGAAGCCUCUGGUGGACGUACCGAAAAGGUACAGGAAAACGGAAGUGAAGUACACCAAGCUCGGCUACGAGGAAUUUGACUUUUCGCGGUUCAAUCAAACGGCGUUUUGCGGCUUGGAGUCCAUGCUGCCGAAUGCGUACUGUAACGCCAUGUUGCAUGUCCUGUACUUCGUGUCACCGUUACGUGGAGCAUUGCUGGCGCACGUGUGUGAGCGAGAGUUCUGUCUUGCCUGCGAACUGGGUUUCUUGUUUCACAUGCUGGACCAAAGCGGGGAAUUCCCGUGUCAACCGGCAAAUUUCCUGCGUGCAUUCCGCACUUUGCCAGAAGCGCAAGCUUUGUCUCUCAUACUCAACGACCAGGAUCAAGGAGCCAGGAAAAACGCCAAUUUGAAGCUACUUGUGCAGAACUGGAACCGAUUCGUGUUGCAGCAAAUACAUGCCGAGGUUAAAGAGUGGAACAAGCGCGGAGUUUCUUUCAUGGAUACGGUCAAGCGAUCGUUGGAUCCGGAGGAAAAUGUCGCUGAAGAAAAACGUGAAAGAUCAGAGGAGAAAGCGACCGAGGAAACGGAAAGCAAAGGCGGCCAGGGUGACGAUGGAGUUAGUGAAUUGUCGGAAUUGUUUGGAACGAAAAAUUUGGAGUCUCCGCCGGAAAGAGUGACAUUCCACCAAGUGCUGGAGAAAAGCUUGAAUUUUGACCAGACGAAUUCGUGCUGGUGCGAAACGUGUCACAAGUACAGGCCCACGAAAAUGACGCGACGAUUCGAGUCCAUUCCUUUUGUCUUCGCCAUGAACUGUGGCCUGACUACCGACGAUGAUGUGGAGUUUUUCAAGGAGCAACUGGAGUUGUUGAAGGAAAAUCAGGAUGCGAAACAUGCUGCUGAAUCUGCUCGGGGUGUUUCCAAGCCGAUCGCUUGUCGAUUCGGAAUCAACUGCAAUCGUCCCAUGUGUCGGUACAGUCAUGAUAAUCCAGCAAGUGUGACGGGAACUUUUACUGGUGGAGUAGCCGGCUUUACGGGUGGAACGUCAACUUCAUGGAUUCCGGAAUAUUUCAUUGUUCGCUGGAUGAAGGACGGACGCGUCGAAAUCCUUCCUUUGGACGCGAAAGAGCUUCCGAAAACGAUGAAAAAUCUGCGGGAAGAGUCGGCGAAGAAGGAGGCGAAUGAAACGCCGAAAGCUGGGGGAGAAGUUGAUGCGAAUGAUCCUGAAAUUUCGGGUGUCAAAGAAGCUAUAGUGUAUGCGUUGUCGUCUGUGGUGUCGCAUGUUUCUGAUCCCGCGCACCCAGACAAGAACAACCUUGUGGCUGCUAUAAAUGUCGGACCGACUUACCAUCAACGUAUGGUCGGCAGCCCGGUGAACCAUAUCACUCCGAUUUCAAAAGAGGAAGCGACGUGGUUUGAUCCGAAAUGGAAGCUGCCAGCAGUACUAUAUUUCUCCCGUUUGACGGGCGAUGAUGCGUUGAUGCAGAGGAUCGAAAGGAUGGAAAAGCUGUCUUUCCCGGACUUGUCCGUUGAGGUUUUGCGGUCACGUUCUCUGGUUCCACGUCCUUUGUCCAACGACACAAACACUUUUUUGCCUGUUCAGCCUGACGAAAACUUCAAGAAAGGAGAUGUAGUUGCGAUUGAUGCGGAAUUUGUUACUCUGAACCAAGAGGACAUGGAAUUGCGCUCAGAUGGUACGAAAGCCACCCUGAAGCCAUCCUUGCUGUCGGUCGCCAGGAUUUCUGUUCUUCGAGGGUCGGGGCCUAUGAAUGGAGUUCCUUUCAUAGACGACUACAUUUCCACUCAGAGCUGUCAGGUAGUGGAUUACCUGACAAAGUUUUCCGGGAUCAUGCCCGGAGACUUAGACGCGAAUUUUUCUUCCAAGCACCUGACGACGCUGAAGAAUGCGUAUCUGAAGCUGCGCUAUUUGGCUGAUCUCGGGGUCAUCUUUCUUGGACAUGGUUUGAAGAAUGACUUCCGGGUAAUAAAUUUAGUUGUGAAACCAGAGCAGUUGGUGGACACGGUCAUCAUCUAUCGUCUGCCUCAUCAGCGCAUGGUGUCCCUGCGUUUCCUGGCCUGGUUCUUCCUCAAACGCAAAAUCCAGUCAUUCAACCACGAUUCGAUUGAAGACGCCCGCGCCGCACUCGACCUACAUCGACACUAUGAAAAGCUGGUCAGCGAAGGAGACAUUGAUUCCAUGCUUCGAAAUUUGUACGCUGUUGGACGCGAACGCAACUGGAAAGUCCCUGGAGUUGAUAACGAUUGAAAUUAUAUUUUAUUUUAAUUUCCCACCCCCUGUGAAGUGGGCGAAGCUCCCGUUUUCAUUUGCGAAUUUCCGGAUUCGAGAUCCCAGCACUGAAAAAAGUUUUUCUGAACGGUUCAAAAUCGAUGGAAAUCCGUUUCUUGUUGUCGGAUCCGGAAAAUUGAGGAAUGAAGAGCGGUUGGAUUCUUUCUUAUCUCCUCUUAAGAUCACACCUCUAAACGAUUUCUGAAAAUGUUGCUGAGUCCCGGGGGUACUUCUCUAUUAGCCUCGGCAAAAGAAAUUUUUGAGCCUUCGAUUUUUGUUCGUUGAAACCCAGUGAAACUGCUCAUUCACGGGGGUUGGUGUGGGUUGCGUUCUUACUCUUUUUUUUUAUCUCUUCCCGUCGGAUUUGUCUGAAAGCACAGGACAGAAGAAAACCGGACGAAAUAUGGGUGUCGCGUACCUGGAUUUUUUUUUCUCUCUUGGCGCAAAUUGUUGUACGGUGUCUCAAACUCUACCGAGAUUCUAUUUAUUUUUUGGGAGGAACUCGAAUUCCCCGAAUAAAUUAAUUUUGCAAGGUUUUUUUUCUUUCUACGGAAAAUCGCUCACUGUGUUUCUGAUUGUUUAAGGAAAAUUGAAGUCGCGCGGCAACAUGGCAUCCUUCUGAGCGGAAAUUCGUGGUAAACUCGACGUGUGGUAUAUUCUGCUUUUUUAUCAGUUUACAUAAAGGGAGAAAAACGUGUAUCAGUGUAACAAACAGAAUAUCGUAAGAUUGGAACCUAGAGUGACCUGAUUGUCCCGAGAACAUAGGUGUGUAUUUUGCGCAAGUUGUGGCACAUUUGAUGCUUCAUCCAGUUCUUUUGUACUCGAUCGCAUCAUCAAUCAAUGAGAGCAAGGUAGUGAAUUGAUCAUCUUUUUUUUUCCUUGGUCAGUAAGAUUUCAGUCUAUAGAUAUAAAACUAAAAAACAAUGCCAUUCGACUUCUGUUCACAUUUCUAGCAUGAAAGUUAUCAUCCUGCAAUUGACAGCAUCGUGCUAGGAUCCACUGAAACGCGGUUUGAAUUUUUAGGCAGAACUUUUUCCUUGUCAGAAAAAAAUGUUCUGCUUUCCAAAAAGAAUAUUUCACUCAAAUAUUUGAGAAAUGUUGUGAAGAAUGUCUUUGUUGGAACUUGAAACACCCUUUGCUCUGCGGUAAUCUAAUAUUUUUUGGCAGCAGAUCUGGUCUGAAAUUUGCUUUCUCUUGUAACCCAGCAUUAAUUUUUGGCGGACAAUACUAAAAGCUUCUCUCAAUAGCUAAACUGAACCAAGGAACGUGUUGGUCAAUUUCAGAUUUAAGACAUGCUAUGAAAUAUUUCAGUUACGACGUAGUUGACUUAAUUUGUGUCUUAAUCCACGCUCGUGAGUUUCGAUUGAUUCAGUUGCUGAAGUAUUUCAGAACAAGGUCCAAUCGGAAACAGCGUACUGACUGUUAGUUGAUGGAAUACGCAUCAGUCAAAUAAAUUUUAAUAUUUCAAGCAUGCGGGUGCAUCUUCGAGUUAAAAUAUGUUCAGAGCACAGUACAAUACUUGUUGAGGAGGUUCAUCAGCACCACACCAAUUUUCAGUCAGAGGGAAGGGACCUUUUUCCGACUUACCGUGUAUUUUUACAGUUGCGGUGUGUUCGAGUUGAUUCAGGAUCUUGAACUGCGCGUCUUAAUUUUCUUCACAUCUCGGAAAGCGUUUCAAAUGUUGUGUCUUGACAUGUUCCAGCAGCGGUGUGUUAAGGAGGAUGUGCGAGUUCUUGGUCCCGCUGGGACAUAUCUUCGAUGAAAUGUUAGAUUUUUAGCCAUGCCUUUGAAUAUCCCAGAUGCGAUAAGUGUUGAAGGCGUAGUUUUAGUUUAAACUAAGUUUCAGUUCCACGUAGCUCAAUUGGGAGGUAGAUUAACCUUAGCCAGUGGCAACAACGUUCAAAAAGUUAGAUGUGCUGUUUCUUGAGCGAGUGGGAUAGUCGUGUAGGCGUCGUUUUUAGCCUCGGAACGUUGGUUGUUGUAAGCAAAAGCAUUGAGAAAGUGCACGGUAAAUCAUUGAUCGCGACUCCUUUUUUUUUUCUUUGUCCGCACUGUACAGAUUUGUUUUUUGUUGACGCGAAAAAGGAAAGAAAAAGAAAUUGAGGGGGGUUUAAAUCCAAUAUGUGAUAGUGGUGUUUUGUUUCGAUUUCUUCCAAAAAAAAUUGAAAAAAGGUCUCCGCGGGAAGAGUCAGGGGGG